CAGAAGAACCUCAUCGCAAGAUACGAUAAGAAUAAAUAAAUACACGCAACUGACACGUCUGUGCAGCUUAAUCAUCUAUCCGAUUGUGGCCAACUUUCGUAACAGUAAACACUGUGAGCAAGUGUACAUGCCAUCCCCGGUGCAUAGAAUUCCAUAGACAUACUCCAUCACAGAAUUGCAGAUUGGUUAUGAUUAUGUUCAGAACAGCCAUCGUAAACCAUUGCCGGAGCUGGUAAUUACGCGUAAAAAAUACACGGUCGUGUCAAUUGGUCUGUUUGUAUCUCGUCACUUACCCUUGUGUAACAACGAUAGCUUGCCAGAGAUGCAGAAAGCAAUUAAAAUGUAUACGUUUACUACACUAACAAUUGUAUUGGCGGUGUUUAUUGCUACAAUUGCCAUACAAUGCCAAGCGGCGGGUGUGCCAGUGUCUGGACCGGUGAAGCUAAUCGAUCAGGAAGCGUGCUCUCAGCUUAAAACGCUCUGCACAAAGAGUGUGUUGGCCGCGGAAGAUAUCAAGGCACUGGAAUGCGUUCAGUCGCUGCACCCGGAACAGAUCGACAGCCUCGAACCGGAUUGUCAGCAUUUAAUCUGGCUGCAUACGACCGCGCUGAUGGACGAUGCCAACCUAAAACGCAUGAUUCAGAAAGGAUGUCCAAAGGACUUUCUGCAGUUCCCCUGCUCUCAAAGCCAGGAACCUGGGCAGUUUUUGUCUUGUAUUAUCGACCAUCGGAACGAUGCGAAAGGUAAUGGUUGCAUCAGUUACAUUAAACGUCUGGAAUGGGUUGCCUUCUCCGAUUACCGUUUUAUACAGCACUUUCUUACGCACUGUACGCGUGACGUUGAAGCGUUGGGUUGUGGGCGUGUUGCAGCUGGCAGCGAACGUGAAAAAAUGUCCCAGGGCGAAACUGUAGCCUGUUUGCAGAGCUCACUGGACAGUCUGAACGAGGAGUGCAAACGUGAGGUGUUGCACCUGUCCGAAGUCCAAUCGGAAGACUUUACGCUCGAUCGACAACUGGACGUUGCCUGUUCGAAUGAUGCGUUCCGUUUCUGCCAGUCCCUAUCACCUGGAUCUCCACAGUUGCUGAAAUGUCUUGUGAAACACCGAAACGAUCCGGAUAUGUCGAAAAACUGUCAGCAACAGCUGCUCCGCCGUGACCGACUCGUGGUACACGAUUACAAAGUAUCGCGAGGCCUUACAAGGGCCUGCAAGGAAGAUAUUAAAACGUACCGGUGCCGGCGAGGUGUGUCCGAUGAUAAAGACGUUAGGUUGGCACAGAUUUUAUUAUGUCUUGAAGCGGUACAAAAGAACAGCACCAAACUGAUGCCGGAGUGUGUGGCAGAAAUUAACGAUCAUCGUAGAAUGUUGCUGACGGAUUACAAACUGUCGCCCGAAAUUUUGACCGGGUGUGAAAAUGAUAUCGAAAAAUUUUGCAGCAAUUUGGACGCCGGAGGCAAAACGAUCCACUGUCUCAUGGAGCACGCACGGCUGAAGAAAAAAAAGGAACGUCGUGUCACCGACAUGUGUCUCCGUGCACUAGAAACACUUGUCAAGGUGACGGAUGUAGGUGAAGAUUGGCGCGUGGAUCCCGUACUGCGGAAGGCCUGCAAGCCCGUAGUGGAUGUGGCUUGUUCCGAUACCGAUGGAGGCGACGCGAGAGUAAUGUCUUGCCUGAUGGAGAAACUUGGCACAAACUACAUGAACGUGGAAUGUGAAUCGGCACUGCUGCAGAUACAAUACUUUGUGGCAAGAGACUUUAAAUUAGAUCCACAGCUUUACCGCAACUGUAAGGAGGAUGCUAUCCGGUUCUGUAAAGCGAAAAAGACAUGGGCCGAUCUCGACACGGCACAAAUGGAUCCGGAACGUGGUCCACUAAUAUUGCCUUGUCUGCAUCGGUACGCCUACCCGGAAAAGGAGGAAAUGCACCUUAAACCGGAAUGCCUGCAGGAGGUUAAACGUGUUAUGCGCCAACGAGCUAAAACCGUCGAUUUAAUACCGGAAGUGGAGGAUCAGUGUUUGGACGAUCUCGCAUACUUUUGCUUCGAUAAAACGGGCAAAGGGGAAGAGAUGCAGUGUUUACAGGAUAAUCUUGAGAAAUUACAGGAAGCAUGCAAAACGGCCGUUUCCCGGUACACGGAAGAGGAAGCAGCCCAUGUUGAGCUGAACCCGAUCAUUAUGUCGGUGUGUGCCGAUGCGAUGGAAAACCAUUGUGCGACUGUGCUGAAAACUGGUCGCGACGAGGGCGAAAUGAUGGAAUGUCUAAUUGGUGCGAAGAAUUUGCCUGACAUGCGCGAAGACGUCAAGUGCCGUGCGGCGGUCGAGCAUUUUCAAAUCAUCUCAUUGAAAAGCUUUCACUUUACGUACAAAUUUAAAGAAGCCUGUCGGUUGCAUGUGUCUCGGUUUUGCAGCAAAUGCACUACCAAGUACGAGGUGGUAACAUGCCUCAGCGAGGUAAUGCGCAACGAUACGAUCAAGGAAGCGAAACAUUCCAUCCCAAAAGAGUGUCGGCAACAGGUGCGAGCGCAGCUGUAUCAGCAACGUGAAAACAUCGACUUUGAUCCGAAGCUGAAAACCGCCUGCAAAGAAGACAUUGUGCGCCACUGCCCACAAAUACCGCACGGCUCGGGACAGGUGAAUACAAACAAUGUACUGGAAUGUUUGCAAACUCACCACGGUGAUCUGACGGAGGCGUGUCAUCAUCAGCUAUUUUCGAUUAAAAAGUCCGAACUAACGGACAGUGCGACCGACUAUACACUGCUCAACACCUGUAAAGGCAUGAUUCGACAGUACUGCCAUGAUACAGAACUCUCCAAAAUGCUGCACUGCUUAAAGCUACACAAGGAUGAAUCGUUGUUUGAUGACCGGUGCCAUCUGGUGGUGGUGAAUCGGAUGAUCGAGCAGAAUCUUGACUACCGAUUCAAUCCCGCAUUGCAGGCUGCAUGCUCGAAAAAUAUUGCAGAAUACUGCACGCCCAUCAUACGCAAUGCCAAGCAGAACGAGGAGCUGAAUGGGAAAGUGAUCGACUGUUUGAAGAUUCGUUUUCGAGAGGGUAAACUGUUGCCAGAGUGUGAGAAACAAAUGACGGAAGUGUUACACGAGCGAGCCUUGAAUUAUAAGCUCAAUCCCCUCCUCCAGAGCGUGUGUCACGAUGAAAUACAGGUACUGUGCAAGUCCGUGUCCGAGACCGACACGAACGAGGAUCAUGGAGUGGUCGAAGAGUGUCUGAAGCAAGCUUUCAUUGAUAAGAAAUUGAUAAAUCGGGCGUGCAAAGUGGAGGUGGCCGAGUUAAUUCAGGAAGGUAAAGCGGACAUUUACGCCGAUCCGCUGCUCCAGCGAGCUUGUUCGGUCGAUUUGCUAAAAUACUGCUCUCACAUCCAAAGUGGCAAUGGACGCUUAUUAAAAUGUUUAGAAGGGAUUCUGCAAGGUGAAAGCAAAGCACUGGAAGAUGAUUGCAAAAACAAGCUGCUAAUUCGAUUGGAAAUGUUCCAAAAUGCUGCCGCGUUUGUUCCACCAGCGGAAAGCUUCCAUCAACUGUACGACCAAGUGGUUGCAUCACCUUCAAAACAUUACUUUUUGAUCGUAUUGUGCAGCUUCAUCGGCAUCAUCUUUAUCAUCGGACUGCUGUGCGGUCGAGUUACGCAUCGUACCAUGGCACUGAAGAACAAGUAGUCGACUUGGCAGGAUGAUUGUUUCAGUUCCCAUUUCAAAUUAAUGACUGUGUUACUACUUAUGUGUUAAAGCGAGGAUGAACCAUCGUCAUAGGUAAUGAUAAAUUCAAACUUUGUGCAUCACGCUGAUGCAGGAUAGCAUUUCCCCGCUUUCCUUUUCUUAAGCUUGUUAGAAAAACAAGCGCAGUGCAGCUAUUGGCAAGGUAUAGACCCCGUUUUACUGCAAUUAACUUGUGCAAGUGAUGAAACUCUUUCUGCGGUCGAAUGCCCGGCAAUAGGUGGAAGCAAUCGUUGUAGCAGACUAAAUGUAUUAUAUUAGUUAGCAUAUUUGUAGAAGAUGCAGAGUUUUCGAUUGGUAGUGUCGCAGCGUAAAAAUGGGUGGAAGUAGGUAUAGAAGGAGUACACAUUAUAUAUAGCGUAAGAGAAAUUGUAUCAGAUAGCACGUUGUAGAAAAGCCUUUUUAUAUCUUAUACCUUUCGACAGUGAAGACGAGAACAGCUAAAUCCCGUUUUGAAAUAAGCAGACAUUUACUUCAGGCAAACAAGCGCGCACGUCUGUACUGUUGCAUGCAUUCGGAUGUGUCAAUAAAAUAGUCAACCCGAA